CUUGUUGGAAGAUUGACAGGCUUCUAGGCCAAUGGGGUCGUGGGACCUGCCUGUGUGAUGGGCAGGUUCGCCGGCCUAUGGGAGUCGAGGACGUCUCGGCUCAGGCGGGGCUUGGUGGCGCGGCGAUGGCGGCGGCGACGAUCGUGCACGACACGUCGGAGGCGGUGGAGCUGUGCGCGGCGCACGGGCUGUACCUGAAGCCCAUCACGAAGAUGACCAUCAGCGUGGCGCUGCCGCAGCUGAAGCAGCCGGGCAAGUCCAUCUCGAACUGGGAGGUGAUGGAGCGGCUGAAGGCCAUGGUGCACAGCCACCAGUUCUCCACGCUGCGCAUCGCCAAGAGCACCAUGGACUUCAUCCGCUUCGAGGGCGAGGUGGAGAACCGCGGGCUGGUCAAGGCCUUCCUCGCCUGCCUCGACGGCAAGACCAUCAAGCUCAGCGGCUUCUCCGACGCGCUGCGCGUGCGCGCCGCCGAGUUCAAGCCCGACUUCCCCACGCGCCACGACUGGGACUCCUUCUUCCGCGACGCCGAGGACAUGAACGAGACGCUGCCCGGGGAGCGCCCCGACACCAUACACCUCGAGGGGCUGCCCUGCAAGUGGUUCGCCGCCCGCGACCCCGACGCGGCGGCCUCCUCCGCCGCCGCCUCCUCCGCGUCCGGCGGCGGCGGUUCCGGCGGCGGCGGCUCCGGGGCCGGAGCCCCCGAGAGGCCCAGCGAGGACGUGCUGGUGCGCGUGUUCCGCCGGUUCGGCGACAUCCGCAACGUGGACAUCCCCAUGCUCGACCCGUACCGCGAGGAGAUGACGGGGCGCAACUUCCACACCUUCAGCUUCGGCGGGCACCUCAACUUCGAGGCCUACGUGCAGUACCGCGAGUACGCCGGCUUCAUCCAGGCCAUGAGCGCGCUGCGCGGCAUGAAGCUCAUGUUCAAGGGCGACGACGGCAAGGCCGUGGCGUGCAACAUCAAGGUGUCGUUCGACUCCACGAAGCACCUGAGCGACGCGUCCAUCCGGAAGCGUCAGCUGGAGCGGCAGAAGCUGCAGGAGCUCGAGCAGCAGCGCGAGGAGCAGAAGCGCCGCGAGAAGGAGGCCGAGGAGCGCCAGCGCGCUGAGGAGAGGCGCCAGAAGGAGCAGGAGCAGCAGGAGCGCGCGCGCCGCCGCGAGGAGAAGCUGCGCCGCCGGGAGCAGCGCCAGCGCGCCCGGGAGCUGCGGCGCAGCCAGCGGAAGCUCGAGAAGCUGCAGGCCGAGGAGCAGCGGCGGCUGCACGAGCGCAUCCGCAUGGAGGAGCGCAAGCUGCUGCUCGCCCAGCGCAACCUGCAGUCCAUCCGCCUCGUCGCCGAGCUGCUCAGCAGGGCCGAGGCGGCGCGCCAGGCGGCGCUGGCCCACAGCGAGGAGCGUCAGCGCCGCCAGCGCCUGGAGCUGCGCCGGCGCCAGGAGGCCGAGCUGCGGCGCGUGGAGGAGGAGAAGCGCCGCGCCCUGGGGCUGCAGCGCCGCGAGCGGGAGCUGCGGGGCCGCCUCCUCGGCCUCCUGCUCAGCCGCCGGCCCGACGCCCCCGCCGUGCGCGGAGACCUGCUGCAGCCCGUGCUCGACAUCCUGCACUGCGUGUCCGGGGCCGCCGCCGCCGCCCCGCCCGCGGCGCCCCCCGACGCCGCGGGGGGCGCCGGCGCGCCCGCCGCCGACGCCCUCGCCGACCCCGGGGCGCCCGAGCCCCACGGCGGCGGCGGCGGCGUCGUACCCCCAAGGGCCCCCCCCGCCGCCGGCGGCGACAAGGACGCGCGGCCCCGCGACAAGUGCAACCGCGAGCCCCCCGACGGAGGCCCCGACCCCGAGCGCCCCGCCGAGGAGGCCCGGCGGCCGCCGCCGCCGCCCACGCCGCCGCCGCCGCAGCCGCGCCGCGAGCCGCGCAAGGAGCGCGCCCACCGCAAGCGCCCGCGCAGGGACCGCGAGGCGCCGCCCGACGCCGGCGGGGGCGGAGGGUCCCCGCGCCGCGGCGGCGACGGCGAGGACAAGGUCAAGGAGCGGCGCGGGGAGGCCGGCGGGCGGCGGGAGCGGGGCGGGCGCGGCGGGGAGGAGCGCAGGCGCAGCCGGCACCGGCGCCGCGGCGGGGGCGACGCGCGUUCCCGCUCGCGGUCCCGCUCGGCCGGGCGGCGGCGCCGCGGCGCCUGGGACGACAGAAGCGCCGCGGGGCGCCCGCGCGUGCGUGCCCGGUGCCGCGGCGACCGGGGGUUCCCUGCGCACCGCCCCUCGUUGCGGUCGUCGCUGGUCGCCUUCCGGUGCAUGAAAGGGGAAGGCUCCAGCUACGAUCGAGGAACCGGAAGUGACGUCAGCGCGGACCGGAAGUGGAAGGGGAGACCCGCCCCGUCCCUUUUGGGAUGUCCCAGGGUGUGGGUCGCCACAGGAAGUGACAUCACGGGGGACCGGAAGUGGACGGAGGAGCCCUUCACUUGGGCACAGGGGAAAUGA